AUUGCACCGAUCACCUUGCCGGCAGAUAUUGACUGGAUCCAUGCAUGGAUUAGAACAACGCAAGCAAAAAAAAAAGAGAGAGCAUCAUAUACAGAGAGCGUCGUAGAGCUAACUAGAGCUAGCAUUCUGUUUGUUGAGCCGUCAGUGUCACUGCGCUCCAACCAACCAUUACUAAACCCCCCUCGCCUCCUCUUCUUCGCUUCGUUCGCAUUCAAAUCAACAUCUUUAAUUUCCAUCUCCGAGACCAAGACUUGUAGCCUAGCUCAUACGGCACCAAACAGCUAGUCCUGCACAGCAUUUGCGCGCGCACACUGCACGCCUCGGUCACUUGGUGGCAAUGCCGGACUCCGAUGUCGUCCCCAGCCCGCCGCCGCUGGGCAGCAGCGUGCAGAAGAUCAGGGGCAGCGGGGGCGGGAGAGGCGGCGGGCGGCGCCCGGCGUACCGCGGCGUGCGGAUGCGGGCGUGGGGGAAGUGGGUAUCGGAGAUCCGCGAGCCGCGCAAGAAGUCCCGCAUCUGGCUCGGCACGUUCCCGACGGCCGAGAUGGCGGCGCGCGCGCACGACGCCGCCGCGCUCGUCGUCAAGGGCCGCGGCGCCGUGCUCAACUUCCCCGACAUGGCGGCGUCCCUGCCGCGCCCGGCCUCCGCCGCGCCGCGCGACGUGCAGGCCGCGGCCGCGCGCGCCGCCGCCAUGGACGUCAACGUGGCGGUGCCCGCCGUGGGCGCCACGGCGGCUGCUGCAGCCGCGGCGAUGGUCCCGCCGUCGCCGACGCCGGAGCCGGAGCCGCUGUCGUCGUCGUCGACGUCGUCGUCGCCCCGGCAGGUGCCGGGAGGACAGGCGUUAGUCGUAGUAGGCGACCCCGACGAGGAUGAGCUGCUGGAGGAGAUCGUGGAGCUGCCGCCGAUCGACGACGACGAGGACGUCGUCCUGACAUCGUCGGACGACGUGUUCUGCUGGACGACGGCGGCGUCGUUCCACGACGACUGUGCCGCCCCCGACGACCCGUGGUCGUCGUACGAGCCGAGCGCGUGGAUGAUGCAGGCCGGCGGCGGCAUUGCAGCGGCGCAUCACGUCGACGAGAUGGUGGUGCCCGGGACCGGGUUCGCCACGGACCAGCAGCAGCUCUGGACGACGACGCAGCCCGACGGCAUUAUGCCUUCGGGGCUCGGUGCGUUCUUAUGGAACCUGUAGCACAUCACUAGGCAACAAGCUGAUCGAUCUGGCCGUCUCUCUCCCUCCCUUUGCUCUCUUUGUGUAGUAUAGAUAGAAUGCUUGUUAAUACCCCCAAAAAAGCUUUGCAUUUGCAUCGAUC